AUGUUGAGCCUGUGGGCCCCAAACGCCAAAACUGCAAGCGGCACAAACUCGGCCCUGGAGGAGGCGCGGGCGCACGCUGCGGAGUCCAUAGCAGGCUGUGAGGGGCGCCUCAGCCAGCUGGAAGUCAAUGGCAAGGUCUAUGAGACCUCUAUCAACGGGCUCCAAACAGACCUGGCCCAUCUUGAACAUCGCUGUUGGGAUGCUUUCGCCUCGAAGGCGUCGGUCCAGCAGGUCUUGUCCCUGGCAUCCGAAGCCCACACGAAACUGGACUUUGCCAUGAUGGACCGUGCAACGCUUCGGCGCAAGAUGGAGGAGGAAUUUGACAUGGUCAAGAAGACCAUCUUCCGCCAGCAGACGGCCUUCCGAGACAUCGACGAUGCAGUGGAUUGUGUGAACAAUCACAAGAGGCAAAUCAUGCAGUUUCGCGAAGAGCUUCGUCGACAGGAUGAGCAGCUUCAGGACUUUGCGACACACUUGGAUUUGCAAGACCGCAACGUGCAUCAUCUAGCAGCGGAGCAUCAGCGAGACGUCGACCACAUAGAGGAUGUUUGUGGAAGCCUUCAGCGCAGCUUCAACGACCAGGUAUCGCAAUGCCAGGCGACCGCCGUGUCCAUGAGCAACUGCAGCACAAGGAUCUCCCUGGAGCAAAUGGACAAGACCUUGGCUCUGAGGCAAUCACUGGACAAGCUGAUUCAGGAUCAUCACCAUCUAAAGAGCACGGUACUUGGCCCUGAUGUGGUCCCGGAGACGCAGGAAGAGGCUGCGACAUCGACUGAAUAA